AUGGAAAUCGACGACUUCCAAUCCCUGUCUCCACCCAAGCAACCUCGAUCACCUCAAGCGGCACCAUCAGAUACACUGCCAACCAAGAUUGUGGAAUUUUGUGAUUUCCUCAAGUCCAACUAUAAUCUGACACCAAAGAAGUUCGUUGUGGCGUUUCUCACUGCCGAUCAUGAUACACUUGCUUUCCGCCGACGUUAUUGGGGCUCUUCCACUGGGUGGCCUUCAACCCUUGACUUGAUUCAGACAAUCAAGAAGCAAGUAACCAAGACUCAAAAAGGUCAAGAUUUCUGGCGCGAAUUCAUCAAAGGAGAAGCCAUUCAGAUCUUGGAUAAGGAAAAACCGCCAACUGGAAAUUAUCCAGAUGGUUGUUUUCAAAGCAGCCAAACCGUUGAACCAUCAUUUUUUGAUCAUGAUGCAGCAUGCAUUCGUGAAGAAUCAAUGAUCAAACAUCACAUGCCUUUCCUCUUUGAUACACUUAUGGGAACUCUUCAAUCAUCCGAUGAAAUGCAAACAUCAACCAAUACAACUGUAGACCCUGACACCGAACCACCAUCUGAUCCAAAUGGAGUAGACAUGGACGAGCAAGAAAUGAUGGAAAUGGAUGGAACACAGUAUGAGAAUAAAGCGAUACCUUGUCGUAUAAAAAAGAUCGCAGCUACCAUUUGUGCACAGGUUGCCUUUGCAAAGAAUCGACGAUGCAAUGGCUUGCAGCUAUUCAACAGUGUCCGCUUCAUGGCUGGAAACGUCUCAGAGGCUGUCAACGAUUACCUGCAUCACAUCGGCUUAACCUCUUCUCGCCAAACUGCUGUCAGAGCUCUCAUAUCCUCGUCGGCUCGCGCAGGACGGGGUUUACGGACGUCAUCUUCAAUCAAAAACAACCCUAUUAUCAGUCCCAGCAUCUGUAUCGACAAUCUAGACAUUGAGCAGCGUGUUCACACUCAUGGUGUUGGCCACCGGUCAAUGAUGUUCCACGGCACAUGGGGAUACAUCCACAAGCCCAAUCCGUCCCUUCUUGCAUCUCUGGAUCAUUCACAAUUGACUUUGGAGGCCUACAAUCGUGCUCUUAGUGAAAUACCGACCUUAAAGAUUGUACCUAGUAUGUUUCUACCGACCGCGGAGGAAGACAACCAUUUUGAAUUAGUAAUGAAGAGCCAAAUUUCUCGUGUAAUGCGCCAAUAUAUUGCUACACCAAUAAACAACAAGUCAGCAAUCCCCUCAAACCCACCAGAAAUUGAUUUGAUUGACUGUUCACCACCGGAUAUCGAUAUGUUGAAACUCAUGGAUGCAUCCGAUAAUUCAGCUGAUGGGGUUGGGCAAGUUUUGGGGUCAAUAAUCCAACAAUUGGGUCUCACAGCUGAUGAAUUCUGCUCACGUCUGCAAAUCAUGGAUGGUGACUUGGGGACAUGUCAAAAUAUUAACUCACUUCGAGCUCUUCGAUCACCCAGCUCGUACGCCGAUCAUGCUUUACUCAAUAUUACUAUGCAGCUUGGCUCGUCACACACCUUAUGGAAUAUCUCACAGAAUAUCCUCACUUCCCAUUUUGGAGAUCCAAGCAAGACAAACGAUCUGGGGACCUGGCAGUACUGGCACGCGCUUGGCAUACCAUCUGAUAAGGCAGCGUCCAAGAAGGACUUUACAUUAAUGAUGAAGAGCAUCGAAAAGGCACACGAGGCGACCAUAUUUUAUUGUCUCAGAGUCAUUAUGCAGACUGAAAACGAACCAGUGAAUGGAGAUGUCCACCGAAUACCUACCGAUGAGUGGAAUGACAUUAUAGACGAGUGCUACAGUCAAUUUCUAUCCCCUCAAGCCCGGAGGAAUGUUUCAAAAGCGGAGUCACCAAAAUUGCAUUCAAUUCUAAUUCGCUUACACGAUUUUGCCACCAUAGUAGAAGCCAAUCGUGCCAUGAAGGCAGGAGACAUCGGUCGCUUGAUGAAUAUGUGGAAGAUAUGGAGCAUAAUGUCUCAAGCGCUUACUGGCCUUGUCAACUAUCGAUCGUAUCUCCCCCGCAUGGUCCUUCUCUUGACUCACAUACUCCCUCCUUCACUUAGUAAAUACAUUCGCCACAAUCUUCUCAUCUCCCCUAGUGGCAGACCUAACCAUUUUGUCGCCAAAGACUACUAUCUCGAAUGUCAAAAUUAUAUGCUCAAAUUCCUUUAUAAUCGAUCUGGAGUUGGUACUCAAAUCUCAACGCUUCAAGACUUAUUCUCAUUGAAUAUGACAAUGGUCAGUAAUCCACCACCUCAAUGA